UCUCUAAUUAAAGAACACACAGUUAUCAUCACAAGUUAGAUUGAUAGACCACACCCCCAAAACAGCAGUGAAACAAGAGAGUCUGUUGUACUUCUCCUCUCAUUUGAGCAAGAUGUUCAAGUACACGGUGUCUGUCACCACUGGCAAACAGGAGCAUGCUGAGACAAUAAAUGACAUAUACCUGACGCUGGUGGGCACGGAGGGAUCCAGUGACCGAACACUACUGGACAAAUCCGUUGUUGACCAUUUUGCAAGAGAAUCGGUGGUUUCUGUUGACAUCAAUGUGAAGGAGAUCCUUGGAGACAUAGUGCUGGUGAAACUUGUGAAGAAGGAAAUCUUGUUGGAUGAUCACUGGUACUGCAAAUGCAUCAGUGUGACGACACCCUCUGGAGACAGCUUUGAGUUCCCCUGUUAUCGCUGGAUAGCCAAUGAAAAGGAAGUGUCUCUUCGAGAUCGCAAGGGUCGAUUGCCUCAGGAUGAUAAUAUGAAACAGCACAGGCACAUGGAACUGGAAUCCAGACAACGACUGUUCAGGUGGACGGAAUGGCGCCCUGGUUUCCCCAUGAGCAUCGAUGCCAAUUCAAGGACUGACCUUCCUUUGGACAUUCAGUUUGAAACUGAAAAAUCUGUGGACUUCUCUUUGAAUUACAUUAAAGCGAUUAGGAAUCUUGGUCUAAAUAAAAUUAUGGCCUUGACCUUUUCCCAGUCCUCUUGGAAAGAUAUUGCAGAUUUUGAAAAAAUAUUUUUGAAAAUCAAGACAAGAACACAAGAGUCAGAGUAUGUGAUGCAGAACUGGAAUAAGGACCACUUUUUUGGCUAUCAGUUUUUGAAUGGCUACAAUCCUGUGAUGAUCAGGAAGUGCAUGAAUCUUCCAGACAAGUUUGCAGUCACACAGGAGAUGGUGGAGGGUUCCCUGGAUAGAGGUCUCACACUACAAGAGGAAUUAGAGGCAGGAAACAUCUACAUAGCAGACUAUGCAAUACUGGAGGGAGUGCAAGCCAACGCCACAGACCCAGAUACCAAGCAGUAUUUGGCUGCUCCCUUCUGCCUGCUGUACAAGAACAGCCAGAAUGAAAUCCUACCAAUUGCUAUCCAGCUCAGUCGUCAGACCACUCUAGGAGUGGGGAACACAGUCUUUCUCCCAAGCGAUAAUCAGUACGACUGGAUGCUAGCCAAGAUGUGGGUGAAAUCCGCUGACUUCAGUGUACACCAGCUGGUCACACACCUUCUCAGGACACAUCUGAUAUCGGAGGUUUUUGCCAUAGCCAUGUACAGACAGCUCCCUGCAGUCCACCCUGUAUUCAAGUUGCUGAUACCUCAUGUCCGUUUCACCGUUGCCAUCAACGCUGCAGCUCGUGAAAAACUCAUCUGUAAAUCUGGGCUCUUUGAAAAGGCUAAUGGCACCGGUGGAAAUGGAGUUGUUGAAGUGAUUCAAAAGGCAAUGAAAUCUUUAGCCUACAAGUCCCUGUGCUUCCCUGAGGCCAUGAAAGCUCGAGGAGUGGACAACAAGGAAGAUCUGCCCAACUAUUACUACAGAGAUGAUGGCAUGAUGGUCUGGGAGGCAGUGAAAAGUUUUGUUUCUGAUGUGGUCAGGAUCUACUACAGCAGUGAUGAGACAGUUCAGGAGGACGAGGAGAUCCAGGCAUUUGUUCAUGAUGUUUGUUUCUCUGGUAUGAAGAAUUGUCCCAAGAGUUGUGAGUUUCCGAAUUCCCUGAAAACUCGGGAGCAGUUGGUCGAGUACUUGACUGUUGUGAUUUUCACAGCUUCAGCACAACAUGCUGCUGUCAAUUUUGGACAGUUUGACUGGUGUGCCUGGAUCCCCAACUGUCCUUCCACCAUGAGGAGGCCUCCUCCCACACAGAAGGGCCAGGUGGAUAUGAAGUAUAUCAUGGAGAGUCUGCCGGACCGUGAACGUUCCAGUUGGCAUGUAGGAGCAGUUUGGGCCCUCAGUCAGUUCCAGGAUGACGAGCUCUAUUUAGGCCAGUAUCCAGAUACGCACUUCACUGAACAACCGGUCAUAGAAGCCACUAAGGCUUUCCGCAACAAAUUAUUUGAAGUGACCAACAUCAUCAAGAUGCGAAAUGAAAAAUUGAUAUUGCCUUAUCGGUAUCUGUCUCCAGAUAAAAUCCCUAACAGUGUGGCCAUCUGAGAGAGCAUCUGUGGUAAACAUUUCCAAACCACAUUUGAUUUUAACCAGUUUAUGCUUUGCAUCUAAAGAAAAUAUGUAGAAAGCUUGGCGAGCACGGUUUUAACUGGGCUAUUUGGAUCCACAUCACAACAUAACUCCAUAAACAAAAUCAUUGCUAGAGUAACUGUAAGGAUUUUAGUUAAAAUGGUAAUUUGGGUAAAAAAUACAAAUUAUUCCAAAAAAUUAAUGUCUAUACAAAAUAAAAACAAAUAAAUGUGCAGUCAGCAUUCACAGUAAUUUAAAUGUGAUUUAUUUAUGGAUUCUCAUCAGUAAUAUUUGUGUGUUAAUGUGUUACUUCAAGAGAGCAAACAUCUGUGUUGUGUUGUUUUAUUCAAUUUCAUCUUUAUAAAAAAUGUAAUUAUCAUUAAUGUAGUUAUCAUUUAAUCAUGUAUUCAUUUUGGUCACACUUUAUUUUAAGGUCCAAUUCUGGCUAUUAACAAACCAUUAACGAUGACUUUUGCCUCAAUAAACUCCUAAUUUGCUGCUUAUGAAUAGUUAGUAAGAUAGUUGUUACGUUUAGGUAUUGGGUAGGAUGUGGGAUGUAGAAUAUGUGCUUUAUAACUACUAAUAAAUAGCAAAUAUGAUAAUAAUAGGCAUGCUAUUAAGCAGCUAGUUAAUAGUGAGAACUGGUCCCUGAACUAAAGUGUUACCUUCAUUUUAUUACAUUAAUCAUUUGUUCCUCAUUUUAUUAUUCUUCAUUUAUGUAAUUAUAUGUUUUUAUAUUAUAUAUUGCUUAUUAUAUCAUUUCUAUUGUUGUUUAA